AUGCCUGGCAUCGUCAUGGAUGAUCUAAACGCCCAUGGAGGAUGGGGUACUACUGCAGGAGCCGUGAACGGAGAUAAUGCGACCUUUCACCAUACGGAUAACAAUGCCCACACGAAUGGCCGAGCGAACGGCGUGAAACCUCAAGAAACUGAUGUAUCUACAUCUCCAGAUCUCCCUCCACCGGAAAUAGCCCAUAUAACUCAAGGGUUCUUCCCUCUUGCGAAGGGUAUCAACAGAGUUGUUGUUCCAGUGGGGACGCGCACCCCAACCAGCAAGGCCAGCCCAAUGUUUUCCAGUGCCAAAAAGAGUCAGAUUCUCGAAUUUUCCCAGGCAAAGAGGGCUGAGUUCAUUAAACUACUCGUCCUGUCGCAAUGGGGUCGACAGGCGGUCGAUGUUGGCAGGUUGAUUGAUUUGCAGUUCUUCAUUCGUCAACGCUAUGAUUUAUAUAACCACACGCUCUUCCUCGCUGGAAAUAUAAAGCGAGAUCUUUUUAAAGCGCAAAUGGGAAACCCGGACUUAGAAACCGCGUUAGAAGCACUCUCGACAGGGGCAGUUUCUGCGCUGCCUGCACUACCUUUCUUGCCUCCGGGAAUAUUAUCUCCCAAGGAUACCUUGAAAACACUCCGGAAAAUUAAUAAACUAAUAAGCAUCAGACUCAUAACUUAUGAUCCCAUACCAGAAUACGCUACAUAUCAUAUCCACGAUGGGAGGGUCACAUUUACAAUCCCGAACGAAAUCGAGCUAGACCUCUCGAUUGCCCAGGAAACGCGAAACUCCCAGUUCUUCUUUGUCGAUCUACGGUUUAUUUUCUCUCCAUCAUCUGCGCUUUCUAAAGGCCCGGUCCGCGGCAGCCUAGAACGCACCAUCAACACUGCGCUCAUGAAAUCGGGCAUUGUUGGUUGCUGUGAUCUUCUCCACAAUCUGGUUCUGAGUCAAAAGAUCAUGACGUGUUUUAGGCAGGCCAUUGACUUAGCUCGAUCUCACUGGGGUGAUAAUUUACGCAUCGAGCUGCUUCAUCGUACACUAGUCAUUCAGUACUGGGCCAAUCGGCCUGGCCCGAAAAGUUGGAUUGAGAUCGGGGCUAGGCGUAACAAGUCACAACGCCGAGCCGGAACUUGUCAACCGGAUAUACCCCGUUUAUUUAUUCGCUGGAUACGGGAUAACAAGGAGGUUUCUGUUGAGAGUGCACAUUUCGAUAGAAAAAUAAUAUCCGUUGAGACUAUACUGCGAGGAAUUAUAUCGCAGCAUAUCCACGAUAUGUUUCUCGAAAUUUACAACAAACUUGCUACCACCAAGUUAUAUAGCCAGGGAGGCCUCUUUCUGGGUUUAAACACUUCUGCAACGGAGCCUGGGAACUGUUAUCUUGACGUUCAUCUUACUCACAGGAAAACUCUGAGGGUAACAAUCGAGCCAGUAGGUGGGGGGGUCGCCCUGCAGACUGUCCCGCUCACUUUAAAUCGACAUGAUAUUGAACAGGAAGCUGGUAAAGGGCUAUCGGUAAACACAUAUGAUCGUAUCUGUCGACUCAGAUGUUUGGUCGCGAUGGAAGAAGCCGAAAGUCACGGGCGUGUGGUUGGCUGGAAGUUGAUAACUCCUGCGAACGUAGACAUGUUUUCCCUGCGCAAAGUAUUGCCUGUCAGUGAGAUUCGAAACAUCUCGCUAUUUCAACAUAGAGACUGGAGCCCUGACUGGCUUGUUGCCUUUACGAGCAGCAUGGAGAGAGACGACUGGUGGGUGGUUCAGUUGCAAAACGGGCCAUCGGUUGCAUCCCAACCUCAGUCUUCCGGUGAUGGUCGCCUCAUGCAACUACGGCAGGCUCAUGCUGUCACAGGGGAAUGCAGACAAUUAUCUGACAAGCGUCGGUAUCUUUCUUUUGCAAAGCUCGCCAACGCUCUCUCUGGCAUGGUUGUUGCACAUUCGAACGCAAACGGUCUAAACGAACUCCGACUUCGUCACUCCCCACGGAUAAAUGAGUUGGUGCUGGGAGUUCAUAACCAGGUCCCUGGAACUAGCGUGUGCUUCAAAGCAUCCGACCUUCCAGACCAAUUACGAGUAUCUUCCCCGUUGUCUAGCGGAGGCCGGCCUAUCAUAAAGGAAACGGUUUACCUAUCGUACCAAGGGAUCAAUCACCGAACCCAUGAGGCGAUGGUAAUGGCUACCGGACUCUUUGCAGUCCCGAUUUCACAUCUUGGAAUGGCCAAGUUGGUAUCCGACUCCGUCCUUGCUUUCGAGCCCCGAUCCCGAAUAUUUGCAAUUCGCUUCCACACGCGCAUUGGCGUACCCAUCAUCACGCAGCUUUUCUCCUGGUUACAACGCCUCACAAACACUGUUCUGGCUCUGGAGUUCAUCCACCGUAAAAAAUUCACCGUAAUCUCGAUAUCGUCCUCCAAAAUCGCCUUCAAAUACCCAUCUUCUAAUGAUGACCUACGGGCAUCCAUAUCCUUCCACUACAUAGACACAACUACACCCUUAUUCUUACAAACCAACGCGCAAGCCAGUGAUAAACGAUCCUUGGCUCAACUUCGCAUGUCCCUAGACCUCAACGGGAAGAACCCUCAUCGACGCAUCAUGGAAUCAUUGACAGCCAUACUCAACGACCGUUCAGCUGGCCUGGGCUUUACGUUAGAGUUACUUACUAUCACCCUACCUCUCCUGGAAGCUCUUGAGGCAAUUCUCACAGAAACAAGUGACAGAUCGCGUGCUGUGGUCAGGAUAGCUGCGCGAUCCGCGAAAAUGUACCAUAUCACCUACCCGUCCCUCCAGUACCGAUUUCACCUGACGAUGAAACAACGCCGACAGCGCAUUAGCUGGCUUUUGCGGAAUGGCACCAUCCCUACUGUACGAAUGAACCAGGUAAAGCUAGAAAGCGAGUUGACAAACAAAAUACUAAAGGUCAACGGGGAUGGCUGGCGUGGGCUUGGGGACGGCGCCAUGGCCGAAGCUGAAAACCCUGCCAACCUCAUCAUGGUGCUAGAUAACAUUAUCAAAACACAUGUUGCCCAUCUGAUGCAAGGGAACGGUUCUUCUAAUGGAGACAGGGUUAAUUGUGAGGAAGGAAAUAACAAUUCCAUCCCGGCAUCGUUGAGCAAUAACAACACCACCGGCCAGCCUGCUGUGACGAAUACGAGUGCAGCUCCGAAUAACGAAUCAGACGCUAACCAGCAAGCCAGUAACGGCAGCAUAAUCACUAUUGACUGA